CUAUAAGGUGUCUAUUACUGUGGGUUAGUGUUUUUGCGACUGGCAGCCAUGUUGCUCGUAUUGCUUGCGCUGUGCGCGUACGUCGACGCCCGACCGCACAUCGUGAUUAUCGUGGCCGAUGAUCUUGGCUGGAAUGACGUGGGCUUCCACGGCUCCAACCAGGUGCCAACGCCGAGCCUGGACGCCCUGGCCUACUCCGGGCUGCUGCUGCACAACUACUACGUGUCGCCCAUAUGUACGCCGUCGCGGGCUGCGCUCAUGACCGGGAAAUAUCCCAUACACACCGGCAUGCAGCACGGCGUGAUAUACGGCAUGGAGCCGCGAGGGCUUCCUCUGUCGGAAACAUUGCUGCCCCAACACCUGCAGAAGCUGGGAUAUCGCACGCACCUCGUCGGCAAGUGGCAUCUCGGGCAUUACAAGAAGGAAUACCUGGCUUUGAAUAGAGGGUUCGAGAGCCACACCGGGUUCUGGACCGGCAAGAUCGAUCUGUACGACCAUACAUCGAUGGAGCACGACACGUGGGGCACCGACUUCAGACGCGGCAUGCAAGUGGCACACGAUUUGUUUGGAAAAUAUGCGACAGACGUGUACACGGACGAAGCCAUCAAGGUGAUCACAGCGCAUAACAAAAGCGAACCGCUGUUCCUAAUGGUGGCGCACUCUGCUGUGCACAGCGGGAACCCCAAUGAGUUUCUUCGGGCGCCCGACAGCGAGAUCGACAGGUUUAAGCACAUCGAGAAUUACCAGAGGAGAAAGUUUGCCGCUGUACUAUCAAAGCUAGAUCAGUCUGUAGGCAAAGUGGUGGAGUCCCUUCACGGGGCGGGCCUGCUGAACGACACGAUCAUCUUGUUCACUACCGACAACGGCGGGCCGGCGGCAGGCUUCAAUGACAACGCUGCCUCCAACUACCCUCUGCGGGGGGUGAAAGCCACGCUAUGGGAAGGCGGCGUGCGUGGCGCCGGGCUGCUAUGGAGCCCCUUACUGCAGGCGCGGGCCCGCGUGGCGAGCCAGCUGGUGCACAUUGCUGAUUGGCUGCCUUCACUCAUCAGCGCUGCCGGUGGCGAUGCUAGCUUAUUGGAGAACAUCGACGGACUAGAUUUGUGGCAGGAGUUGUCCAAGGACCAGCCGUCUAAGAGGUCCUUCGUAGUCCACAACAUCGAUAACGAACACGGAAGCGCCAUCACUAUGGAUAAUUGGAAACUACAUACAGGGACAUCUUACAACGGUGCAUGGGACUCGUGGUACGGGCCGGCCGGCCGGAACGGCUCAUACGACCUAGACGCGGUUUACGGGGGGAUAGUCGGCACUAUCCUCGGCAAGAUGGGCCUCAUGCCGACGAGAGAAAAAGCUGGUCUACUUAGGAAAGGUGCCACUGUCCAAUGUAGCAGCGAUCCAAUGGUGGUGUGUAAACCGCUGCAGAAUCCAUGCCUCUUCAACAUACGAGAUGAUCCUUGCGAACGGGUCAACUUGGCCAGCAAAAAUCCACAAAUCGUUCAAAGACUUCUAGAGGAACUUCGCACCUUGAAUCAGUCUGUCGUGCCCCCGAACAAUAAGCCGGACGACCCUCGCGGUGACCCCAAGUUCUGGGGGCGAGUCUUUACUAACUUCGGAGACUACGAGAUAGGCAACGGUUCCCAGUGUUCAUGAAACUGUCUUCUGUUUCCCAUGCCGCUUGGCCGCUUUUAUACUUUAUCAGGUCGUUCACGGUAACGACACGACACGUCAACCGAAACCGAAACUUCGAUCGAAGACCACUGAAAAUACAGUUUCGGCGCGGUCAAAUGGUCCGGCAGUUUUUUUGCCGAAGGCCAAAGCCGAAUCGUAGGCCGUAACAUGAUUUUUAUGCCGAAACCUGCCGAAACUUCGGUAGGGCACUAGUCUAGAUUGUAUGUAAUCGCUUUUAUAUUGUCGUUGACGGUGACGGUAAAUCGUCGAAGAUAGUAAAACCGUCUGCUUAUAAUCUCAUAUAUUUAGAUCCCCUGCUGUGUCGUGACGAUAAGUCGUGUCGUGUCGUUAUAUGUAUACCGUGGGUGGACAACCACGAUGAAAUAUAAAAGGGCCUUAUAUUAGGUAUGUAAAAAUUUGAAAACAAAUUAAAGACUCAAGUUAAAUGAUCAUCAUCCAUACGUUUUUGGUAUGGCAGCGAAAUACUAAAAAGCUCCACACGUGCGCUGAAUGUCGGCCUAACAGUCGAUCGUAGCCAUCAUAAAUAAAUAAAUAAAUAUUAUAGGACAUUUUUACACAAAUUGGCUAAGCCCCACGGAAAGCUCAAGAAGGCUUGUGUUGUGGGUACCUACUCAGACAACGAUAUAUAUAAUAUAU